CCGAUGCCAGCGCGAGAGUUAAGUUGUGGUUGUAUGGUUGUAUUGUAGAGUUGAAGUUGUACCCUGUAGCCUGUAGCUUGUCAGUCGUUGUGAAAGCGAUUGUCGGACGGGUGGAUCAUUGUAAUGAUCUAUUCGAUCAAACGCAUAGAAUGUAUAAUUUUUUACGAAGUCUGGUUCUCGGGGUGGUUUUCGGCCUUGUGAACAGCAGCUUGUCUGCGUCCUGGAACGAGCCUUUGCCAUUGGUAAUCGCGAACUAUAAAGUACACGUCGAUGCGGGAAAGGAGGAUUGUUACUUUCAAUAUGCUUCCGUUGGAGCCGAUUUUUAUGUGCAUUUCCAGGUGAUAAGAGGUGGAGAUGGUAAAGCUGCUAUGUCUGUAAGAAAUCCAGAUGGCAUAAUAGUUCAUCCUUAUCAAUGGCUCCCUAAUUCAGCUUAUCAGGAUUCCGUGAAAAAGGCUGGAUAUUAUUGUAUUUGCGUGGAUAAUCAGUUUUCACGAUUUGCUUCAAAAUUAGUCAAUUUAUAUAUCUCUGUGAUCAGGUAUGAUAAGUGGGAUAAAUAUGCUAAGGAGCUGGAAGAAUUGAAUCUUUCCGUUGAUAAUUUUACGAACUCGGUAACAAAUGUGGAAAAGAAUGUUAAUGAAAUGUACCAAACGCAAUAUUUAAGCAGAAGUAGAGAAGAACGAGAUUUCAAUUUACUGCUAGACAACAAUUUUUAUGUCCAAAUGUGGUCCAUCACUCAGAUAACGGUCAUAAUAGUAACGACAACGGUGCAAAUAUAUUUUGUUAGAAAAUUAUUCGAGGUGAAACCAUCGAAAUUUUCUAGAGCAGGCAUAUAAACAAAGCGUAAUAUCGCGCGACGAACUUGCUCUAAUUCUUGGAGACAAGUUACAGUUUCCAUUCCUACUAUCCUCAGUUUAAAGUUAAUAAUACACUAUACAACAACAUAUAAUAUAUUUUUUUCUUUCACACGGAACGGUGAGAACCUACAAUGUAAGACUGUCUCGCAUUUCACGUUUGCGCCAAGAGACGCAAGUUUUUACUCAUUUUUACAAUUGCAUUUUAAUAUAGAUCAAGAGAUUCUAUUUACGUAUAGUUGUAUUUAUUGAAAGAAAAAAAAGAAAACACUGUAUUUAUACGAAAGUAUUGUAAUAAAUUACGACGUACUUUUGUUAUAUUCAUUUGA